ACGAAACUUUGUUAUUCCUCUUUCCUUUUUACUCCAUACACGACGAACACUUACUUCUUCUCUUCUGCCCUAAACCAAGACCCUUACCUUCCGUCCCAAUGAGCCCAAACCAGGUACAACAGCCAACAACGGCAAGUUCAAGUGAUCCCAGAGGACUGCCCAUGGCCAAUGAGCUCCCAAAAACAACCAGUGCCACAUUUGGCAUCACAAGACGGCAAGAAGGCCAUCCUCCCCCAUACCAUGCGUCGCCUUCUAGAGAGGAUGUGCCAGAAACAAUGCUGGUGAUGUCUACCACGAAGCAGUGGGUGUGUCUUCUUGCCAUUGACCUCUUCUUCUUUUUGCUCCCCUUCUUCUUCUCCCUCGCCUGGUAUCUCACCGACACCAAACCACUAAAAUCUGUGGCAAUGGUGGUUUCAUUAUUGGUGUUCUCUAUUUGGUCAUUCCUCCGUUGGCCAGAAGUAUUUAGUGACCUUUCCCAAGACGCGGUCACUAAAUAUUCUGCCAGCCAGCAAUGGUCGCUCCUAGGGAGGAGAUAUGGCUGGAGCCGAGCUAUGGAUGCGAGGCUACGCAGAGCCGUUCGCCGAACUUCCCAAAUGUGUAUAGGGGGAAUUGUCGUGAUCCAAUUUUGGUGGUUGUUGAUGCUGGGGAUGGAGAGGGCAUUCAUUGGAAAGAUCUUGGGGAUGGUUUAGGGGAAAUGGGGUGGGAUGGGCAGGAUUCCGGUUGUACACAGGGUUACUAUAAAAGCGUAUUGUGGAAUAGUCAUUUUUUCUAGCUGUGUCAGCAUGCGAUAAGCCAAGUUUU